UUCUUGUACCUUUCAAGCUAACUACAUCAAGUUAAUAAGUUUUUUAGCUUUUUUUUAUUAUUUUGGUUUAUAUGAUUUGAAAGAUCCCAGUACCAGAAACACCAAUAAGAUUUCUUUCUAUUUUUUUUUUUUAAUUUAUUUAUCAUACAUAGGAUUGAUUGUUCAAAAUCAUAAAUCAAUUGAACUUAUAUAAUUCUGUUUCUUGUUUUGGAUGUAGAAUAUGUUGACCUCAAACGAUUGAGAUAAAAUUUUGUUGGAUUAUUGAAUUUAGCUACAUAAUUUGUGAAGCCAAUUUAAAGCAUUUGUAUUUGUCUUGCACUUUUUGUUAUGCGUUUUCCAUUUAACCCUUGCCUUGUGUAUACUUUAUUAAACUGUUUUUUUUUUUUUUUGGGUAGCAUUUUGCUUAUGCAGGAGAUAUAUAGGAUUUAAUUAAUUUUGCUUAUUUCAAAUUUUCAGUAUAUAAAUAUUGUUUUUUAUUUAUUUAUUGACAUCUUAUAUAUACAAAUAUUGGAUGUAUUGUGAUUACACGGAUUGUGUAUAGCACCGGUCAAUUGAUCUCCUUAUUCUUUGUUUGAUGGCUGCUACGGAUCUCAAUAAGCCUCCUCAACUUGAUACUCUUAUCAUAUUUUCUUAAGUUUUCGAGAUAAAGACACUAGGACUACCUUUUUCGAUCACCUAUUGGCUUCUUGGAAAGGAAAGAAAAGAAAAUUCCAAAUCUCUUCUUCGAAUUGUUAAUCAAUUUAUACCUAUAAGUUAAUUACAGCCAACGUCUUUUAGCUUUUUUAUUUUGCUUUAUAUAUACAAAUAUUGGUUGCGCUGUGAUCAUAAAUAUUUUGUACAGCACUUGUUCACCUCACCCUGGUAAGUCCUCAUCUUCAUCUCGUGAGAAUCUCUGUUUUACAGUACUACAUAUAUAUACACCUGGCUUUCUUUCUUUUUUUAAAAAAAAAAUCUUACUGUAUUUGUUUUUUUAUCCCAUUUCUCUGGAUUUAUAUGAGUCUAGUGUUUCUAAUUAAGCUUUCUCUUCUGCUUGGAAAAUCUGUACAAUUUUAAUUACUUUAAGUAUCAGUUGUACCAUUUAUUAGCUAUAACUGUUUGCCUAAAUCCAUAUAUAUAUAAUGGGAAGUUGUUCCAUUUUAUGCGGUGAUCAUCAGCCAUUACCGAAUUGGUAGAGCACCCAGCUCUCCGAGUGAGUGUGCCCGUGUUAAUUAGAGUUGCCCCUUUCCCUAGUUUGCUAGAAAAAAACAAAAACUUAUCAUCAAUGUGAUGACCUUGUGGGCGGGUGCAAGAGACACUGACAGGCUACCAUACUGACAAGCUAAGAGUGCACAGUCCCACAUCACUUGGGAAGAGGAAAGGUGAAGUGCUUAUAUGUAGAUGUGUCACUCCAAUUGGUGUGAGGCCUUUGGUAUGAAGCCCAAGAACAAAACCGUGCGGGCUCAGGUUCAUGGAGUGGGUGAUUACAAUCAAUCUCCUACUAAGCUAGUAAAAAAAACUAAAACCAACCUAUGUAGAUGAUAAUUAUAUUAAAAUUUAAAUAAGAAUAUUUUUUUUCUUUUUUAUAAUUAUAAAAGAAACUGAAGUUUUCAUUCCAUAUGAUAUAUUGUACAUUAAUUUGACAAUUGUGAUAAUAAAGUUUUUCUAAGAGAGAUAAUAAACUAUUAGCAAAAAUAUAUAGGGAUUUUUUUUUUUUUUUUUUUGAAAAGAUGAGAAAAUUUUUGAAAGUGGGUUAAAUAUAGUUGAUGUGUGCAUAACACUUUGUACUAUAAGAUUAUUAGCAUACACACACCCUUAUGUAUUUUUGAAAGAGUAAAAUAGCAAAACGGGUAUUACAUUAUUAUUUUAUGUCAAAGUUUUGAUUGAAGGGUGUUUUCGUACAAUUUUAAAAGAAUAUAAGAAUAUGAGUGUUUUUGUACACUUUUUUAAGUAAGAAUAAAAGUGCUGCUCAAAGUACACACAUUAAGAAUAUUUUCUGUAGAAUAAAAAAUCUAUUGAAGGACAAUUGUUUGGUUAUCAAAAUCCUUUCCCACCAACGCGUUUUCAUAAAAGAGACUUUAGACUAAAAACUCUUAUUUCCUUAUCAUUCCAUAUUAGCUUCCGCUACUUCCCCAGCUCUAUUUUUUUUUCGUCAUCAAAAUCCUAUCCUACCAAGGGUCCAUUAGUAUUGAUGGUUUAAUAAAUAAAAAAAAACAUUUUUAUCACUAACGGAAUAAAAUAUUCUACUUAUUAAUGACUUCUUUGAAAGAAAAGAAAAUUUCAAAUCCCUUCUCAGCGGGCCAGCGGCUUCUUCGAAUACAUAUUAUACCCGACUGCAAGAAGAGUAUUGUGAGUUUGGAUAGAGGGAUUGUUACAAGAAAGCCUUGUCCAACAUCAUAUCCGGAUAAGAAUGUAAAAUUAGUAUGUAUAAAUUAGUAUGUAUAGGUUGGGUGUUAACUCCACUUAAUAACUUAAACUUAAACUUUGAGUUGGAUCGUAAAACCUAAGAAGAAAACUGUAAUCAAAUGUCCUGGAUACAGACCCAACGGUUCAAAUAUUUUACUUAUUAUUGAUUUCUUCGAAAGAAAAGAAAAAUCCAAAUCUCUUCUCAGCGGCUUCUUCGAAUUGUUAAUCUUUUGGAAAAUGAAGAAAAGGGGGGACAUCCAUCUCGCUAGUAAUUGUAUAUGCUUCUUUCCUUUUCCUCCCUUGCAACUUCCUCAUCUUUAAUGCUGAUGUUCACUUGGUCUUAAAAUAUGAGAAUUUUUGGUAAAUAAAUGUCAUUGUAAAGGUUAUCAAAGUCAUUUCAGAUGGAGGGAAGGCAUUUUGAUUGGAUGACACUUUUUUUUAAGAUGAAAUGUGUAAUAGUAACAAGUGAGUAGAGUUUUGGAGAAUUAGGUGUAAAUUUUUUGAAAAGCUUCAUUUGAUAUUGUGUUUGGAGUACCGAAUAAUCAUAAACAUAGUAUGAGGCGGAAGCAUUUAAACCUUUAUUUUUUUGGUCCAGCACAUUUGUUGCCUUAGAUUCAUGCUGAGAUUUGGCAUCAAUUAUACAUGCAAUAAAAUAAAUUAGUAAAUUAGAAUUGAAAAAAUAAUAAUUUACUUAUGUCCUAUAUAGAGACCCGACAGACCGUUCAAAUGUUUUACUUUGUAGCUUCUUCCAAAGAAAAGAAAAAUCCAUCUUUAACGUAGAUUUUCACUUGGACCAGUGAGGCACAGGGUCAAGAAACUGCCCCACCAGAAAUUGCAAGGAAGAUGCCACCCCAAAACAAUCUCAACAAUCUUUCUGUGAAUCGAUCAAUCAUCUAACACAGAUGUUGACCUCAAAUGAUUGAGAUACAAUUUUAUUGGAUUAUUGAGUUUAGCUACGGUGUUUUCCAUUUAACCCUUGCCUUAUGUAUAAUUUAUUAAACUAUUUUUUUUUUUUUUUUUUGGCUUAUGUAGGAAAUAUAUAGGAUUUAAUUAAUUUUGCUAAUUUCAGAUUUUCAGAUUUAAUAUUGUUUUUUAUUUAUUUAUUAACAUAUAAUAUAUACAAAUUUUGGAUGUAUUGUGAUUACACAGAUUGUGUAUAGCAUCUGUUAAUUGAUAUCCUUGUUCUUUGUUCGAUGGCUGCUACGGGAUCUCAAGAAGCCUCCUCAACUCCGAGUCCUUAUCAUGUUUUCUUAAGUUUUCGAGGCAAAGACACUCGGACAACAUUUUCCAAUCACCUACAUACAACUCUAUUAAAUGCAGGAAUACGCACAUUUAGGGAUGAUGAUGAACUUGGGAGAGGAGAUCAUAUCGCCUCAGAACUGAUAAAGGCAAUCGAUGAAUCAAGGAUUUUAAUAAUUGUCUUCUCAAAAGACUAUGCAUCUUCAACAUGGUGCCUCAAUGAACUUGUAAGGAUGCUUGAACCAAGGAGGAGUGUUGGUCAUAUGAUUGUACCCGUGUUCUACCAUGUGGAGCCAUCUGAUCUAAGGUGGCUAGAGGGAACUUUUGGAGAUUCAUUUGCAAAACACGAAGCAAGAUUGAAGUCGAAGUCCGAUGAAGAAAAAGAGGAGGGAAUGGUUAGGAUAAGAAGCUGGAGGAAAGCUUUGGAAGAAGUUGCAGAUUUGUCAGCGCAUGUGUUGGGAAACGAUGAGUACGAGUCACAUUUUAUUCAAAAAGUCAUUAAAGAUAUUGGAAACAAAUUGGGUCGUCGCACAAUUUUAAGUGUUUGUCGGUAUCCAAUUGGAUUGAACUCUCGUAUAAAAAGAAUUAAUUUGUGGUUACAAGAUAAAUCAAGUAAAGCUAGCAUAAUGGCAAUUUAUGGGAUGGGUGGCAUUGGCAAGACAACCAUUGCCAAAACUGUGUAUAACCAAAACUUCCAUAAAUUUGACGGGAGCAGUUUUCUUGCAAAUAUGAGAGAAACAUCAAAACAGCAAAAUGGUUUGGUCGGUUUACAGAGAAAACAUCUUUCAAAUAUUUUGAAGGGAAGCGAAGUAAAAAUUAGCAAUGUUCAUGAAGGAAACAAAAUGAUCAAAGAAGCGCUUUCCUCCAGAAGAGUUUUACUUGUUCUCGAUGAUGUGGAUCUAGUAGACCAAUCAGCAGCAGUGCUCGCAAUGCAAUAUUGGAUUAAGCAGGGAAGCAAAAUUAUCAUAACAAGUAGAAAUGAGCAAUUAUUGGAUGCACGUGAAUUGUAUGAGAUUCACAGAGUUACGGAAUUAAACUAUGAUGAAUCACUGCAGCUCUUAAGUCAGCAUGCGUUUGGACAAUAUCAUCCUUUAGCUCUUGAAGCUUGCAAGGAGCACUCUGAAAGGGUUGUGAAGUAUUGUGGGGGCCUUCCUUUAGUUCUUGAGGUUUUGGGUUCUUCUCUUUCUAAAAGAAGUGCAGAUAUUUGGGAAGAUGCAAUAAAGAAAUUGGAAGCAGUUUCUGAUUGUCAAAUCAUAGAAAAGCUCAAAAUUAGUUUUGAUUUGUUAGGAGACGACUGCGACCGAAAAAUAUUCCUCGACAUUGCUUGUUUGUUUGUCGGAAAGAAUAAAGAUUUUAUAAUUACAGUUCUGGAUGCUAGUGAACUCCACGGAAAAGUUGGAAUCGACAACCUCAUUAAAAGAUGUCUAUUAACUGAUUGGUGUAACGUGCUGGGAAUGCAUCCUCUUCUACAAGAAAUGGGAAGAGAAAUAGUAGGCCCGCCGGAAUCACCAACGGAUCCAUGGAAGGGCAGCAGGCUGUGGCGUCAUGAAGAUGCCUUGAAUGUAUUGAGAGAAAAAAAAUGGAACAAAAGUCAUUGAAGGUCUCAUCCUCAACUUGCAGAGUGGCCAAGGCUUCUCUUCAUCGAAGAAGCGGCGUCGACUAAGCUCUUCCUCUUGGAUCCCUGGAACUUCUGCCUGGACAGAGUCAUCUUCCACAUCAAAUGAAGUAGACUUACAAACUGAUGCAUUUUCAAGCAUGCACAACCUUAGACUGCUCCAGCUCAAUAAUGUAAGGCUCACUGGAAAUUACGUACAAUUUCCUAAGAAGUUGAGAUGGUUGUGUUGGCAUGGGUUCUCUUUGGAAAAUAUACCAAGUGAGUUUUCUUUGGAGAGCUUAGUUAUUCUUGAGAUGAAAUAUAGCAGCUUGACAGAAGUUUGGAAGGAAAAAAAGCCAUUCCCAUAGCCUUACAGAGACACCUGACUUCUCAAAUGUUCCUAAUCUUGAGAGCUUGAUUCUUGAAGAUUGCAUAACAUUGAUGAAGGUUCAUGAAUCCAUUGGGGAAUUAAAGAGACUUGUUCUGUUAAAUGUAAAAGACUGCAAGAAUCUUAGGAAUCUUCCCACAAAAAUUGGUCAGCUAAAAUUGCUUAAGAAUUUCAUUCUUACUGGUUGCUCAAAGCUUGUCGAGUUGCCCAAAGAGAUGCGCGAGAUGGAAUCUUUAAAGUACUUUAAUGCAACUGCAAUAAAUCAACUACCCUCUACCAGCAAUGGCAUAAUCUCUCGGCUUUUUAGACUAAGAAAACCUUCGGAAUCAAUAUUGGAUUGCUUGCCGUGCUCAUUAGUGAGUUUGAAUCUUGCAAACUGCAAUCUUAGGAAUCUUCCAAGGGAUCUUGGUAGGCUAUCCGUAUUGGAGGACUUGGCUCUAUCAGGAAAUCCGAUCUGUAGCCUUCCAGAGAGCAUCAAGUGUCUCACCAUGCUCCAGUUUCUUAAUUUAAGGGAAUGCACAAAACUCCAAUUGCUUCCAGAGAGCAUCAAGUGUCUCACCAUGCUCCAGUCUCUUCAUUUAAGGGAAUGCACAAAACUCCAAUUGCUUCCAGAG